GUGAAGUUCAUUAAAAACAUAAAGCAAAGAGAAUGGAAAACAUGGAGGAGAAAGGCUUCCAUGGGAAGAAGAAGCAAAAGGGAGGAAUGAUUACAAUGCCCUUCAUAUUUGCAAAUGAGGCGUGUGAGAAGCUUGCGGUGGUCGGAUUCAACGCCAAUAUGAUUAGCUACUUAACGACGCAGCUUCACAUGCCGUUAACCAAAGCCGCCAAUACUCUCACCAACUUCGGCGGAACCUCCAGCCUGACUCCGCUCCUCGGCGCCUUCCUCGCCGACGCCUACGCCGGCCGCUUCUGGACUAUAACCAUUGCUUCCAUUAUCUACCAAUUGAGCAUGACAUGCUUAACAUUAUCAGCAAUAUUGCCGGGCGCAAGGCCACCACCAUGUAAACUAGGCGAACAAGUUUGCGAGCAAGCGGAUACGGGUCAAAUAGCAAUCCUCUAUGUCUCACUUCUACUCGGAGCUUUAGGGUCAGGAGGGAUCCGACCCUGUGUAGUCGCAUUCGGGGCGGACCAGUUCGACGAAACGGAUCCAAAGCAGACCACAAAAACUUGGAAAUAUUUCAACUGGUAUUAUUUUGUGAUGGGAGUAUCCAUAUUGCUGGCUGUGACAGUGCUUGUUUAUAUACAAGACAAUAUUGGAUGGGGAUGGGGCCUUGGAAUUCCCACCAUUGCUAUGUUUUUGUCGAUUAUUGCUUUUGUUUUUGGAUACCCGCUUUACCGGAACUUGAAUCCGGCUGGGAGUCCGUUUACCCGGUUGAUACAAGUGUCGGUAGCUGCGUUUAAGAAGAGGAAACUGGGCUUGGUUUCGGAUCCUGAGAUGCUGUACCAGAAUGAUGAACUUGAUGGAGCUAUUUCUAUUGGUGGAAGGCUUGUUCACAGUAAUUAUAUGAAGUUUCUUGACAAAGCAGCCAUUGUAACAGAAGAAGACAAUCUCAAAAACGGCAACCAACCAAAUCUAUGGAGAUUAAACACAGUCCACCGAGUCGAAGAGCUCAAAUCAGUCAUCAGAAUGGGACCAAUUUGGGCAGCAGGAAUUCUCCUAAUCACAGCUUAUGCUCAACAAAGCACAUUUUCUCUCCAACAAGCCAAAUCCAUGGACAGACAUCUCUCGAAAUCCUUCCAAAUCCCCGCCGGUUCCAUGUCCGUAUUCACCAUGACCUCAAUGCUCAUGACCAUAGCUUUAUACGACCGUUUCUUCGUUCCAUUCGCUCGUAGAUUCACGGGCCUGGAUCGCGGAAUCACCUUCUUACACAGGAUGGGAAUCGGCUUUUUCAUCUCCGUUAUAGCCACUCUAGUCGCAGGUUUCGUAGAAAUUAAACGAAAACACGUAGCUGAACAACACGGGCUACUAAAUUCUCAUCAUCAGAUCCCCAUUUCAGUAUUCUGGCUUGUCCCUCAGUAUUCUCUGCAUGGAAUUGCAGAAGCCUUCAUGUCCAUCGGGCAUUUGGAGUUUUUCUACGAUCAAGCCCCGGAAAGCAUGAGAAGUUCCGCUAUGGCGUUAUUCUGGACCGCGAUUUCUGUCGGGAAUUACGUGAGUACCCUUCUAGUUACCUUGGUGCACAAGUUUUCUGCUGGCCCUAAUGGAACAAACUGGCUGCCUGAUGAUAACUUGAACAAGGGGAAACUAGAGUAUUUUUACUGGCUGAUUACAAUUUUACAAGUUGUUAAUCUGAUUUACUAUUUGAUUUGUGCUAAAACGUAUACGUUUAAGCCUGUUGAAGUUCAUAAUAAGGAGAGUAGUGAGUCUGAAGAAGGUGAUGGUUUAGAGCUUACUGUAAACAAAAAGUGAAUCAGAAAGAAGAAGAAUCUGAUACGUACUUUGAAUAAAUGACUAAUAGUUAGGUCAAAUGGAAGAACUUUUGUGUAAAAUAUUAUUCCACGCUAACAUAUAAUAUGAAGUGAUAUUUCAAUAA